CUCAAAAUCCCUGAAAUUUAAAAUACACUCAACUCCCCCGAAAUCACUCGAGGACUAACCCCUGUAAACGUUCUGAGUGGGGCGCAGGGGACUAGAAACUACAAAGCAAGAAUUGCAGAAUUCGGCAAGGGAGGCGGCGGCCGGCAAACAUAAGAGUUGUUGCCUUGUCUAUGAAGGCUAAUGAUAAUAUAGCUGCUGGUUUGACGCUAAGAUCAUCCUGAUCUUACAUAGCAGCUCAAGUGAAUAAUGAUGGCAACAAAACAAGCUCAAACUCUGAUCAACGAUUCAUACAGAACCGUUCUUAUUCAAUUAAAAUCAAACUCCAUUUCUCUCUUUAGAAUUCAACAAACCCAUGGACACAUUCUCAAAACAGGACAUUCUAAUGAUACCCAUCUCAUCACUAAUCUUCUUUCACUUUACUCCAAAAAUCAUCGCAUUUCUGAUGCAACCCAUCUUUUGAAUUCAAUCACUGAUCCUGAUAUUUUAUCAUUUUCAACUCUGAUUUCAUCUUGUUCAAUCUCUCGGCAUUUCAAUGAAGCCCUUUUGCUUUUUCGCCAAAUGCUCAAUCAUGGUAUUUUACCUGAUAAUGUUGUCACUCCAAGUGCACUAAAAGCUUGUGCUGGGUUGUUGGCAUUGAAAAUUGGUAGACAGAUUCAUAGCUUGGUUAAAGUUUGUGGGUUUCAAUCAGAUUCAUUUGUUCAAUCUUCUUUGAUUGACAUGUAUGUCAAAUGUGGUGAAAUUAAGGAUGCUCACAUGCUGUUUGAUAGAAUGGGUCACAGAAAUGUGGUUAGUUCGAGUGUUUUAAUUGCGGGUUAUGCUAGGCAAGGAUACUUCGAUGAGGCAAAAAAGUUGUUUAAUGAGAUGAGGGAUUCGGGGGUUGAGCCUAAUCUGAUAACAUGGAAUGGUUUGAUUGCGGGUUUUAAUCAUAAUGGAUUAGCUUCAGAGUCGGUGGCAUUGUUACAUAAGAUGCAUUCAGAAGGAUUUAAGCCUGACGGCACUAGUAUCUCUAGUGUCCUCCCUAUGAUAGGUCAGCUCGAAGAUCUGAAGGUGGGAGUUCAACUUCACUCUUAUGUGAUCAAGCAAGGUCUUGGGGCGGACAAGUGGGUCGUUAGUGCACUAAUUGACAUGUAUGGGAAGUGUGGUUGUGCAUCAGAAUUGCUGCAAGUGUUUAAAGAGAUGGCUCAUACGGAUGUGGGCUCCUGUAAUGCGCUGGUUUGUGGACUCUCUCGAAAUGGACGCAUUGCUGAUGCACUAGAGAUGUUUAGACAGUUUAAGAACCAAGGGAUAAAAUUAAAUAUCGUGUCUUGGACGUCGAUGAUUGCUAGUUGUACACAAAAUGGGAAAGAUGUUGAAGCGUUAGAACUGUUUGGAGAGAUGCAGGUUGCAGGGGUGAAACCUAACUCUGUAACAAUUCCGUGUAUAUUACCAGCUUGUGCAAAUAUCGCGGCCUUGAUGCGUGGUAAGGCAGCACAUUGCUUUUCUCUUAGGAGGGAUAUUUUCUAUGAUGUUUAUGUGGGAACUGCUUUGAUUGAUAUGUAUGCAAAGUGUGGAAAACUCGGAGAUGCCCGAAUUUGUUUUGAUAGAAUGACUACUAGAAAUCUUGUAUCUUGGAAUGCAAUGAUGGGUGGAUAUGCAAUGCAUGGGAAGGGUCAGGAAGCAAUUGAGGUUUUUGAAUUGAUGAAGAAGGACGGCGAAAAACCCAACUUUAUCAGCUUCACGUGUAUUUUAUCAGCUUGCAGCCAAAGUGGGUUAGCAGAAGAAGGGUGGAAUUACUUUAAGAGUAUGUCAUUGGAUUAUGGCAUUGAGGCUAGAAUAGAGCAUUAUGCGUGCAUGAUAACACUCCUAGGUCGGUCCGGAAGAAUAGAAGAGGCAUACAGUGUGGUGAAGACGAUACCAUUUGAACCUGAUGCUUGUAUUUGGGGAGCUUUGCUCAGUUUUUGUAAAGUUCAUGGUAAUGUGAGAUUGGGAGAAAUUGCAGCGAAUAAACUCUUCAAGUUGGAGCCUGAUAAUCCUGGGAACUAUGUUCUUCUAUCCAAUAUUUACGCGACAAAGGGUCUUUGGAAAGAAGUAAAUCGAGUCAGAGACACAAUGAAAAGAAUGGGUUUAAGGAAGAAUCCUGGGUAUAGUUGGAUUGAAUUGAAGGACAAGGUUCACACGCUCUUAGCAGGGGAUCGAACACAUCCACAAUCGAUCCAAAUACUUGAGAGACUAGAUAAAUUAAAACUGGAGAUGGUCAAAUCAGGAUACGUUGCGGACACUGCUUUGGUUCUGAAAGAUGUGGAAGAACAGGACAAGGAACAUUUCCUGUGUGGCCACAGCGAGAAGUUAGCAGUAGGGUUAGGACUUCUUAAUACUCCACCGGGUACCACUCUCCUAGUUAUUAAGAACCUCCGUAUCUGUGGUGAUUGCCAUGUUGUCAUAAAGUUUAUAUCCAAUUUUGAAAGAAGAGAGAUAUUUGUUAGAGAUACAAACCGAUUUCAUCAUUUCAAAAAUGGGGUUUGCUCAUGUGGGGAUCUCUGGUGAGAAACGUAUUGAGGGCUGGAUUUUGUGCUGAUCCUCAAUAUUUUUUGGGAGGAGCUGCUUCUGAAACUAACAGAAGCGUACCAGCUCAAAAGGUGGACAGCACAAAAAAGAUGCUUGGGCUUUCAGUCCACAGGAAGAGCUUUAUAAACAUGAAUUGCCUGAAUAAACUACACCCUUCAGGUGUAUUUGCUAGGGGAUCAUAUUCUGCAAAAAUAAAGGUAUAUAAUUCUCCUGGCCA